AUGAUUGAGGCGUGUGUGAAAUGCGGCAAUCUCCGUAAGUUGUUUGAUGAAAUGCUCAACAGAGAUUUAGUUUCUCGGACUUCGAUGAUUUCCGGGUAUGUUUCUGAAGGAAAUGUUGCUUUUGGGUUUAGUUUGUUCAAUGAAAUGAGGAUGGAAUUGGAACCGAAUUCGGUGACAAUGUUGGUCAUGUUGCAAGGGUGUUGUGGUUUUGAAACUUCAAUAUAUGGGAGGCAAGUUCAUGGAUAUGUGAUUAAGAAUGGUUUGCUAAGUAAUGGAGCUGUUCAGAACUCAAUCUUGGGAAUGUAUGCUAAAUUAGGUACCAUUGAAGAAGUCGAAGACUUCUUCUGGGAACUUGAUAGGAGGGAUGUUGUUUCCUGGAAUAUUUGUAUUUCAUCUUAUACAUCGAAAGGGGAUUUUGUAAAAGUGAGAGAUUUGUUCAAUGAGAUGCAGGGUGAAGUAGCACCAAGUAUUGAGACAUUAACCAUAGUUAUAACAGCAUUGACCAAACAUGGGAUUCUAUCCCAAGGUGAAAGCUUGCAUCGUUUAGCAAUAAAAAGUGGCCUUCAUGAUGAUGUUUUGCAGACAUCUUUUUUGGACUUUUAUGCCAAAUGUGGAAAAUUGGAAAGCUCAGCUCGGAUAAAUUAUUUAGAGAACUCCUUGAUAGAAACUGCAUUACUUGCGGUGCAAUGA